UCCGGACUGGGUCCCAGCCCAGGAAGAAUAACCACGGUUAAGAGACCAUGUAAUACAUUCGCGCAAAGAUCUACCUGUGCGGCAUUUAAGGGACAAGAGGGUGGUGGAGGGCUUGCAACAACAGGCGGUGGUGGUGGCCGUGACGCGGGAGGAGGUGGAGGAGGUGGUGCUUUGGGAGGCGGUGCGUUGGGCGGCGGUGUGUUGGGUGGUGGUGCAUUGGGCGGUGGUGUGUUAGGUGGUGGAGCGUUGGGUGGGGGUGCGUUGGGAGGCGGUGCGUUGGGAGGGGGUGCGUUGGAGGGCGGUGCCUUGGGCGGCGGUGCGUUGGGUGGUGGUGUGUUUGGCGAUAGUGUGUUGGGUGGUUUUGUGUUUGGCGGCGGUGUGUUUGGUGGUUUUGCGUUUGGCGGCAGUGUGUUGGGUAGCGGUGCGUUGGGAGGCGGUGCGUUGGGAGGGGGUGCGUUGGAGGGCGGUGCCUUGGGCGGCGGUGCGUUGGGUGGUGGUGUGUUUGGCGAUAGUGUGUUGGGUGGUUUUGUGUUUGGCGGCGGUGUGUUUGGUGGUUUUGCGUUUGGCGGCAGUGUGUUGGGUAGCGGUGCGUUGGGAGGCGGUGCGUUGGGAGGGGGUGCGUUGGAGGGCGGUGCCUUGGGCGGCGGUGCGUUGGGUGGUGGUGUGUUUGGCGAUAGUGUGUUGGGUGGUUUUGUGUUUGGCGGCGGUGUGUUUGGUGGUUUUGCGUUUGGCGGCAGUGUGUUGGGUAGCGGUGCGUUGGGAGGCGGUGCGUUGGGAGGGGGUGCGUUGGAGGGCGGUGCCUUGGGCGGCGGUGCGUUGGGUGGUGGUGUGUUUGGCGAUAGUGUGUUGGGUGGUUUUGUGUUUGGCGGCGGUGUGUUUGGUGGUUUUGCGUUUGGCGGCAGUGUGUUGGGUAGCGGUGCGUUGGGAGGCGGUGCGUUGGGAGGGGGUGCGUUGGAGGGCGGUGCCUUGGGCGGCGGUGCGUUGGGUGGUGGUGUGUUUGGCGAUAGUGUGUUGGGUGGUUUUGUGUUUGGCGGCGGUGUGUUUGGUGGUUUUGCGUUUGGCGGCAGUGUGUUGGGUAGCGGUGCGUUGGGAGGCGGUGCGUUGGGAGGGGGUGCGUUGGAGGGCGGUGCCUUGGGCGGCGGUGCGUUGGGUGGUGGUGUGUUUGGCGAUAGUGUGUUGGGUGGUUUUGUGUUUGGCGGCGGUGUGUUUGGUGGUUUUGCGUUUGGCGGCAGUGUGUUGGGUAGCGGUGCGUUGGGAGGCGGUGCAUUAGGCGGUAGUGUUGGUCUCGGGGGUGGGGCAUUGGGCGGCGGUGUGUUAGGUGGUGGUGCAUUGAGAGGUGAUGCGUUGGGAGGCGGUGUGUUGGGAGGCGGCGCUGCUAUGGUGGCGGAAAAGAGAAGGUUAAGGGAGAAGAGAAUGGCGGUGGGUGCCACCAUUGGCUUCUUGGAAGCCAUAUUUCGUUCUAGAAAAAGUGUUGAUUGAAGUUGGAGAGUAUUGCAACUUAAUUUAUAGCCCAUGCAUUUCUCUACAGAUACAAUAAUUGUUUUUUGGGUAUAGGGGGAUACAAUAACUUAACAUAUAUCAUAUAUCAACAUUUACGUGCUUUUAUUUAAGAUUUUGAUAUUAAAG